GGGGCGGGGCCGCCAGAGCAGUAGGUGCGGAGGCUUGGUCGCGACAGGUGCGCGAGGCAGAGCGCCCGAACCUGUGACAGGACUGGUAGAAGGCAGAGAAAAGACGGUGCUUAGCCAGGUAUUUCAGUAUCUGUAGACAAGAUGGAAUCAACUCCAUUUAAUAGACGCCAAUGGACUUCACUAUCAUUGAGGGUAACAGCCAAAGAACUUUCACUUGUCAACAAGAACAAGUCAUCGGCUAUUGUAGAAAUAUUCUCCAAGUACCAGAAAGCAGCUGAAGAAACAAACAUGGAGAAGAGGAGAAAUAACACUGAAACUCUCCCCCAGCACUUUAGAAAGGGGACCCUGACUGUGUUAAAGAAGAAGUGGGAGAACCCAGGACUGGGAGCGGAGACUCACACAGACUUUCUUCGCAGCAGCAGUGCUGAUAUCAGGCACAGAGUCGACCAUCCUUCUGCUGAAGUGACAAGCAACACUGCUCCUGGAGCCCGGGCUGGUCAAGAGGAACAGAUUCACCCCAAACCUAAAUUGGGGUCAUCUCCUGGAGCUCCCAUUCAGUAUUGGAAUCCCCGCAUCAAGGACAGUGAGGAUCUUAAAGACCGCACAACAGAAAGUAAAAAAAUGGAAAAUUGUCUGGGAGAAUCCAGGCAUGAAGUAGAAAAGUCUGACAUCAGUGAAAACACAGAAGCGUCAGGCAAAAUAGAGAAAUAUAAUGUUCCCCUGAACAGGCUAAAGAUGAUGUUUGAGAAAGGUGAACCAUCUCAAACCAAGGUUCUUCAGGUGCAAAGCCGAAGUGCAAGUGGAAGGAGGAUCUCUGAAAAUAACUAUUCUCUGGAUGACUUGGAAAUAGGCCCAGGACAGUUAUCAUCUUCGUCAUUCAACUUGGAGAAAAAUGAAAGUAGGCGAAAUCUGGAACUCCCACGCCUCUCAGAAACCUCCAUAAAGGAUCGAAUGGCCAAGUACCAGGCAGCUGUGUCCAAACAAAGCACUUCAACCAGCUAUGCAAAUGAGUUGAAAGCCAGUAGUGGUGAAGUCAAAAUUCAUAAAUUGGAGCAAAAGGAGAAUGUGCCCCCAGGCCCUGAGGUCUGCGUCUCUCAUCAGGAGGGACAAAAGGUUUCUGCAACGGAGAAUAGUCCAGCAAUUCGUUCCACCCUUGCUGAAGAUGACUCCCGUAAGCAUUUGUUCAUAAACCUGCAGGUUAUGCUAAAGUUGUUCUUUUCCUUUCUGCAGAAGUUUCAGGUGCCUGCAAGAGAGACCUGUGUGGAAUGUCAGAAGACAGUCUACCCGAUGGAGCGUCUCUUGGCCAACCAGCAGGUGUUUCACAUCAGCUGCUUCCGUUGCUCCUAUUGCAACAGUAAACUUAGUCUAGGAACAUAUGCAUCUUUGCAUGGGAGAAUCUAUUGUAAGCCUCACUUCAAUCAACUCUUCAAAUCUAAAGGCAACUAUGAUGAGGGUUUUGGGCACAGACCACACAAAGAUCUGUGGGCAAGCAAAAGUGAAAAUGAAGAGACUUUGGAGAGAUCAGCCCAGUUUCCAAAUGCAAAGGAGACCCCUCAGAGUCCAGGAGUAGAAGAUGCCCCCAUUGCUAAGGUAGGUGUGCUGGCUGCAAGUAUGGAAGCCAAGGCCUCCUCUCAGCAAGAGAAAGAAGACAAGCCAGCUGAAACCAAGAAGUUAAGGAUUGCCUGGCCUCCCCCAACUGAACUUGGCAGUUCAGGAAGUGCCUUGGAGGAAGGGAUCAAAGUAUCUAAGCCCAAAUGGCCUCCUGAGGAUGAAAUGAGCAAGCCUGAAGCUCUUGAAGAUGUGGAUCUGGAUCUGAAGAAGCUAAGACGAUCUUCUUCACUGAAGGAAAGAAGCCGCCCAUUCACAGUAGCAGCUUCAUUUCGAACCACUUCUGUCAAGAGCCCAAAAUCUUUGUCCCCCGCUAUCAGGAAAGGCUGGAGCAUGUCAGAGCAGAGUGAGGAGUUUGCAGGAGGAAUAGUAUCAGAGAGAGAACAAGCAGAAAAUGCCCAGGUCACCAAGAAGAAUGAGAAUAUGGGAAAAAUAACCUGGCAAAACAGGGAAUCUAAAGGAAGAGAGGAAGGGAGUAUUAAGGAGGUUCAUAGUUUUGAAAUGGGGGAUGAGAACUCUGUAGAAAAUGGUGCAAAUUUAGAUGAGAAUGAUAGCAACUUCCUCAAACAGCAGUCUCCACUAGAACACAAGUCUCCAAAUUGGUCCAGCUUUGUAGACAACACCUCCACUAAAGAAUUCACUACUCAGAAUCAGAAAUCCCAGGAUGUGGGAUUCUGGGAGGAAGAGGUGGUCAGAGAGCUCUCUGUGGAAGAACAGAUAAAGAGAAAUCGGUACUAUGAUGAAGAUGAAGAUGAAGAAUGAUAACUUGAAAUGGUGCUUGGCCUUAAAUUUAUGUUAGUGAGCCACUGCCCUUUAUCCAAGUGUGAUACACAUAAACAGGUAUUUUAGCAUGAAAUGUAAUUUAUACAGAAAUAACUUUGGAAAGGAGUUCCAGCUUCAAAAAAAAAAAAAAUCCAAAUGCUACAGAUAACGUUACUUAAAUCUUCCAUUUUAGCAAUAAAUCAUAAGCAUAAGUGCUUUAAGAUCUUAAAAGUGGGGAGAUAUUCCAACUGAUAUAGUCCAGAUUCCACUGUAUUCCCAAAAGGCAAUAUUAAAGUAGAUAGAUUGUUAGUAGUACAUUGUUAAACUACGAAUGCUGAAUUAGAGAACCUAUAGAAAGAAUUUAGGGGCCUAAAGAUUAGGAUUGAAUGCACUUUAGUAUAAAGGGCACAGUUUGUAUAUUUUUACAUGAAUAUCAACUUAAAUUUUUAGUAUUCAUCUGUUAAGAGAUCAGAUAUUUAGUCUUUUAAACAUUUUUUUUAGGUUAUAUAGCAACAAGAAUGUUCAAAAAAUUUUUAGGUUAAUUUUCUUAUUCUGAUAUAUACAUAUAGGGAAUUUAUUGCUUUGUAUCCUAUUCGCUAAAUCACAUCCUGAACUGAAUUGUUGAGGUAUAGGACAGCCAUCAUUUCUGAGCACAUUUGGAAGCAAUUGAAGAACCAAUCCAUAUGCUUUGGUGCUUGGAGAGAACCACUGUCCCCUAAAUAAGCUAUGGUAUUUGCCAGUGAGUUUGACUAUACCCCAAGAGAUUGCUUUCUUUUCUGGUGGUAUAUAUGCUUCUCAUAAUUUACUGAAAGCUGCAAUGUGUUUGUAAGACCUUUGGGAUCACUUUCCCAUGCUCCAUGUCAGAGCAAAGUGAGGAGUUUAAAGGAGGAAAAGUAGAAAGAACCUCCUUACACCACUUGAAUUCGAACCUCUAAACCCUAUAUCCCACUUCUGAUGUUCCCUGAGACACUAAUUUUUAAAUAUUUACCAGCUCUGAAAUGUACUGACUUUUAUGGCAGGCUGUGAAAUUAAACCAACUAUGGGCCUUUUUCUUGGGAUUUCUUUUCUAAUAUUAGGCUUUGGAACAUUAUAAAUUUGAACACAUUUGUACAUAAUUGAUAUUACAAAUUGUAUGUAUGGGAAGGAGAGGUGUUUUAAGCCAUAGGCUUUUCUUUGUACUGCAUUUAUAGAGAUUUAACUCUAAUAUAUUGUAGAGAUGUAAAAUAUUUUGCUUCCUUAGUCUUGCUUAGUCUGAAACAUUUUUAUUCAAUAAAGCUUUUAAUUAAAAUUUGAACUUUUAAA